AUGUCUUGGUUGAAUCGCACCGGUGGGGAUGCUCUAAGCCGACUACCGACGACACCUCCAACGGAGCAGUCACGACCGAGUUUGCUAGCCGAACCCCAGCACCCGAUCAAGUACCGGCCCGACAUCGACAGGCUACGGACGCUCGCGGUGGUUUCCGUGGUCCUGUUCCACGCGUACCGGCACUCGAUCGAAGGCGGGUUUACAGGCGUCGACGUGUUCUUCAUCCUCUCUGGCUACCUUAUCUCGGUCAUCCUCUUCAAGGUAAACGCCAGAAGCUCGUUUACGUACGCCUACUUUUACUCGCACCGCAUCUUCCCAGCGCUGCUGCUCGUGCUCACGUUCACGCUGGUGAUGGGCUGCGUGUGGCUGCUGGACAAGGCGGUCCAGUCCUUCACCCUCGUGGCCAGGACGCUCUUUGGGGCCAACAUCCAGCUCCUGACCGUCCAACAGGGCUACUUUGAUGCCAGUGUCAAGGAGAAUCCGCUGCACCCGUGGUCCCUGGGGGUGGAGCAGUUUUACAUCUUUUGGCCGCGUUUGUGUCCGUGA